GGCGGUCGCUCUGGUGAUGGCUGAAGGGGUGGGUCUGUGGGGGAAGGCGGGACUGCAGAUGCCCGGGGCCGCGAGCCAGUGAAUCAGCCGCGCGACAACUCGCUGCUCCCGACCGCUGCUAUGUCUCAGGCUGAGUUUGAUAAAGCUGCUGAAGAAGUUAAGCAACUGAAAUCUCAACCAACAGAUGAAGAAAUGCUGUACAUCUACAGUCACUUCAAACAAGCUACAGUUGGAGAGAUAAACACAGAGCGCCCUGGCUUUCUUGACUUCAAAGGCAAAGCAAAGUGGGAUGCCUGGAAUGCAUUAAAAGGAAUAGCCAAAGAAGAGGCAAUGAAAGCUUACAUAGCUAAAGUGGAAGAAUUAAAGGGCAAAUAUGGCAUCUAAGAAUUGCAUCCACUCAUGACUUGCACACCUGAAAUAUGCCUUAUUUCUUAAUACUGGGGAUAACUGAGUAGUGGGGAUGACUGGAAUGUGUAGUGUACUGCAGUUUGAGUUCUGCAAUUCAGAUUAAACUACUAAUUGUUUAAAUUCAAUCACUUGUAAAUUACACCUAAUGAAUUAAAGUACAUUUGUUAUCA